CCCUGGAGAGUCACGGGUAGGACGAAAGGAUGCUGUGAGAUGGGGGUAAAGAAAUCCAAGAUCCCUCCUAGGGGAGGUUGAACAUUAAGAUUGAGGUGGUUGGCGGGGGCACAUUUAGAUGCAUUCACAGAGAAGAUUUUUAUUCGGGAGGCCACAGCUUAAUAUUUGUGGCAAUGAGGAAUCGAGGGGAUAGGAUUCUGAGAGUAAGGGAAAGUGAAAAUUAUUAUCUAUUUAAAAAGUGUAUUUAUAUGUAUAAAUCAUUUAAAAAAGUCAUUCUCAAGAGAGGAAAGGGAAAGGGUGGGGGAUACAAGGAAUGUUUAUGUUUUACCUGAUGUAAUUCUCUAUUGUUUGAAGAACUUUCCUUAUGAAUUACUCUUAGAGGGGUGCCUGGCAGGCUCAGUUGGUGGAUCAUGUGACUCUUGAUCUCAGGGUUGUGAGUUUGAGCACCACAUUAGGUGUAGAGAUGCCUUAAAUAACUAAAAUUUAAAAAAAAAAGAAAGAAAGUAACCCCUUUCUGCCUGGAUGGCUUUCUGCAAACUAGGAAAAUUCUGGCCUUAGCCUACAGCACUCUCCUCCUGAAACUAGAGAAUCUCUUCUUCCCUUUUGACUCCAACCUAAAAAUAUGACAUUAAAGGCAGGAAAGAGAAAUUCGUACUUUAUUGGAAGCCAAAAGAGUUUAAAAAAAGAAUUACUCAUGUAAUAAUUAAAUUUAUUUCUUCUGUAAAGAAAGAGUUGUAUGCUCCAUGUGGACCUACCCAGUGUUAGAUCAUGUAGGAUAUGUCCCUUUGGGGGCCUUAUAGGUGUUUACUAAAGAACUCAACAUACAAGCCUUUUGAGGUUUCCUCUUGCGGACAAUGUCAGAUGUGUGUGUGUAUGUCAUACAUACGUGUGUAAGAGUAUAAAACCUAAAGACAGUUUGUGAAGUUGUCUAGAUUAGGAUGUGUUUGGGUGGGAAAAUGUUGGAAGAUUUAUACAGGGUAUAAAUUUUUCCUAGAAAGGAAGAACCUCUGGCUGAGGCUGUCAGAGUCAGAGCGAUUGGAACCCUUUACUUCUGUCUUAGGGGAAGUCGGUUAUCCACCCAUGCCCGCCCUAUGCCUUGGCUUGGGCAACCAACAGCAUCCUGGCUGCAGGCUGUGAUCGCAGAAUUGUAGCCUAUGGAAAGAAAGGCCGCAUGCUACAAACUUUUGAUUACAGCCGUGACCCUCAGAAGCGGGAGUUCACCACCGCUGCUGCAAGCCCUGGGGGCCAGUCUGUUGUGUUGGGAAGUUAUGACAGACUUCGGGUACUCAACUGGAGCCCUCGAAGAAGCAUCUGGGAAGAGGCAAAGCGCAAGGAGAUUGCCAACGUAUAUACCGUCACUGCCUUGGCCUGGAAACGGGAAGGCUCAUGACUCUGUGCGGGCACACUCUGGUGGAGUGGAACAGUUUGACUGCUGCCUCCGGAGAAGCAUUUACAAGAAUGAGUUUGAGUUGACAUGUGUGGGACCUAGCCAGGAUCAUUUUAGCAAAGAGGUAUAUGAAAUGACAGUAUGAUCAGUAUACACCACGAUGAAGUAAUCACAAAGAUUUUCACAAGAGGUACUGGAAGGUGUGCAUGAUCUUCAAUGCUGGAGAGCUAACCCCGGUGGAAUAUGGGCGUCAUGAUACCUUGGGUUCUGUGCGUACUGAAUUCAUGAACCCCCACCUCAUCAGGUAACCCCACAAGUGUCCGUAUUAAUGAGCGGCGUCAACGAGGGAUGGAAGACAAUAAGAAAUUGGCUUAUCUUGUCGAUGUUAAGACUAUUGCUAUCGGCUCUACGUGACAGUGGAAGAGCCUGAUCUUGCCAUCACCAUGUUCAAAAAGCACAAGCUGGAUGAUGAUAUGAUCCGCCUGGUAGGGAAGCACCACCCAGAUCUCCUCAGUGACACACACCUACGCCUGGGCAAGGAGCUGGAGGCUGAAGGCCGACUGCAGGAGGCCGAGUAUCACUACCUCGAGGCUCAGGAGUGGAAGGCAACAGUGAACAUGGACCAGUCCAAUGGGCUUUUGGAGGAGGCCUACCGGGUGGCCAAGGCUCACAGAGGAGCUGAUGCCCACAAGCACGUGGCCUAUCUGUGGGCAAAGAGCCUGGGAGGAGCAUCCUCAGUGAGACUGCUCACUAAGCUCGGACUCCUGGCAGCUGCCGUGGACCAUGCCACCGACAACUGCUCAUUUGAAUUUGCUUUUGAACUCUCCCGGCUGGCCCUCAAGCACAAAACCCCUGAGAUGCAUCUCCGACAUGCUCUGUACCUGGAGGAUGAGGGUAAAUUUGAAGAGGCCGAAGCUGAAUUCAUCAGGGCUGGUACGCCCAAGGAAGCAACCCUCAUGGGCAUGGAGGGGUUCGUGGACCAAGCUCGCCAGUGGGAGCAGGCUGGAGACUAUAGCCCUGCUGUCGACUGCUACCUGAAGGUGCGGGGCUCAGGCAGCAGCAGCCUGGAGGAAAAGUGCUGGAUGAAGGUGAGGCGGGCUCCACCCUUCCUGGCCGCCCACUUCCCGGACCGCCCUCACAGCCAGCAUUCCUCCUCAGACAUUGCUUUUUCCUCCUGGGCCUCUCAUUUUCGCUCAGGCGGCAGGUACCUGCUGAGUGCUUGCUAGAUGCUAGAGCCAGAACUAGGAAAACUAUAAAAGGGGAUCUGAGGCAGAACGCCUAACAGACUGAAAUUGGGGGAAGUUGGACACCACUGUGGCUCAGCUGAUUGAGUACCUCGGUGAAGAUAAAGGAUGUGAUUUGAAGUGGAGUUCAGAGGCCGGUGAGGUCUCGACUGAGAGGGAGGGAGGCUCUGUGAGGGAGGGGGCAGACCUGGGACCAGAGCUGGAAGGGCAAAUCCAGAGGCCGGAGCUGGGGCCAGAAGGAAGCCAGGAAGAAAGUAGAGUCUCCUCCUCUACAUAGAAGCUCCUAAAGAGAAGAAUCUAGCCGGUUAAGCCAAGUCAGUAGGUUUCAUCAAUUCCUAAACAUAUAUAUAAUCACAUUUUAUUAUCUUAGAAAUUGGGUUGCAUAUCAAGUUUUAUAUAUUUUUUUAAAAUUUCAUUUAUUUAUUUGACACAGAGAGAGAGAUCACAAGUAGGCAGAGAGGCAGGCAGAGAGACAGGGGGAAGCAGGCUCCCUGCUGAGCAGAGAGCCUGAUGCAGGGCUCCAUCCCAGGACCCUGAGAUCAUGACCCAAGCUGAAGGCAGAGGGUUAACCCACUGAGCCAUUCAGGCGCCCCUGCAUGUGAAGUUUUAAAUGAUAUAUCUGGGGUACCUGGGUGACUUGGUGGGUAAAGCAUCUGACUCUUAUUAAUUUUCCGCUCAGCACAUGAUCUAGGAUUGUGAGAUCAAGUUCUGCAAUGGGCUCUGCACUGGGUGCGGAUCUGCCUUAGAUUCACUCUUCUUCUCCCUCUGCCACACCCCACUCGUGCUAUCUAAAACAAAGUAAAUGAUGCAUCUUUGAUUCAGAGAAAUAUGGUAUUAGGAGUUUGAGGUGGAUGUGGAGUCAGAGCUGCAGAUCCUAGGUCUCAAGGUCUGCAUCUGCCUGGCAGCUUCCUAGGGGGCUGAGGCUGGAGUGAGUCACGUGACACGACUCCCUCCUCUGAGACCCCGCCCCGGUAAGCUGUAGGUGGGGUUUAGAGCCCCAAACAUGGCUUCAGGGCCCCUUCCUCCCAUUCCAUCCCUUUGCGCGACACCCAAUAUCCCUUCAGCCUCCGUUCCCCCCUCCAGCAUGAAGAGUGGGCUGUCUAGGUGGAGAUCAAUUAUCGCCCCUUUAUUUACUUAGAGAAAUUACAGACCCAUUCCCACCUCCCUUCCCCCAGGUAGAGCGGCAUAGAGGCUCUGAUUGCUGAGGGUGCUGGUAUCAAAGGCAGUGGCCAAGCUGGAAAGAAGCCACAAAAGGGGCAGGUCGGUGAAGGCUUGAUCCAGUCAGUGAAUAAUGGGGACGAAUCUCUUCUCAUGUGUUAGCUUCAGGCCUCUAAACUUGGCCUGUUUUGGAGUAUUUUGUAUGUGGUCCCUAGGAGACGUGUUUGAGGAGCCCUUGCAAUCUUCAGACAGACCAUGUCUGAGCCUCUUCCUGGGGCAGCUGUGUUGGAGUCUCUCCUUAGCGGGACUGUGAUGGGUUCUCGCAGAGAGAUGCGUUUUCCCACACCAACUGUACUGGCCCCUUUCUAACUGGCUCUGCUCAGAAUGACUGUGUCUGUUCCUCUCAGAGGGACUGCGUCCAUUUCUUUCAGAGGGACUACAGUGAGUUCUCUCUGAGGAACUGCAACCAAUCCUCUCAGAGAGCCUUUGCUGUCUUCUCUCAAUAGGGCUGUGUCCUCUCACCUCCAAGACACGGAAAUGGGUUUUCCCACACGAGCUGUACUGGCCCCUUUCAAAUUGGUUCUGUUGGCUCUGCUGAGAAUGACUGUGUCUUUUCCUCUCAGAGGGACUGCGUCCAUUUUUUUCAGAGGGACUACAGUGAGUUCUCUCUGAGGAAUUGCGACCACUCCUCUCAGAGGACCUGUGCUGUCUUCCCUCAGUAGGGCUGUGUCCUCUCACCUCCAAUACACAGAGAGGGGUUUUCCCACACCAACUGUACUGGCCCCUUUCAACAUGGUUCUCUUGGCUCUUCUCAGAAUGACUGUGUCUGUUCCUCUCAGAGGGACUGUGUCCAUGUCUUUCAGAGGGACUACAGUGAGUUCUAUCUGAGGAACUGUGACCACUCCUCUCAGAGGGCCUGUGCUGUCUUCUCUCAGAAGGGCUGUAUCCUCUCACCUCUAAGGGACUGUGAUGUGUUUUCUGAAAGAGACUGCGACAUCUCCUCUCACAAGGACUGCGACAUCUCCUCUCACAGGGACUCUGAUGGCUUCUUUCAGAGGAACUGUGAUGUCUCCUCCGAGGAUGACUUCGAUGGCGCCUCUCAGAGGGACUGCGAUGGCUCUUUUCCGAGGAAUUAUAUGGGGUUCUCUCCCUUAUGAUGCUAUGGUGGUUUUGCUUCGUGGGUGUGAGUUUCUCUGUUAGGUGACUGUGUGAGGUUCUCUUAAGGGAACCGUGUAGAUUUCUCCCUCUGGCCUGAACUCUGGUUCCUAUUUUGGAGCUCUUGGACUCCUGGCUAGAGAUUUCACAUCUGGUAGAGCUUUUGUUACCUUUGCUGCUGUUGUCGUUUUGAACAAUGACCACAGCCUGUCCAACUGAAGUGGUUUUGAAAAUAGCACUUCUUUGGGAAACUAUGGGCUUGGGUUGUUGCGUAUGUCUAUGUUGGAAGGAGCUACCUCUUUUUGGUUGAUGAGCUGAUGUGAAUUGCUGUAUUUCUUCCCAUAACAUCUUCUCCUGCUUAGUGGUUAUGUCUGUUCGCUUUAGCUUACCAACUGACAUCCUAUCUCUUUUGAUAUCUCUUGAUGAGGAAUAAUCUCUGGCUUUUCGUUUUGGAUGGUGCUUUUUGCUUGAACACAAAUGGUCUGGCCUUGACGUGUCCUCAGGCUUCUGUCCAGCAAAAGCCAUAGUUCUGCAUGCUCUCUGGAAUGCUUGCUUUAGACCUUGAAAAAGCCGUUGAAUGAAUUUGGGUUUGGAGGAUUUCUUAGGUUGUCUUUUUGAAGAGGCAGUAGUUGUCUGAGAUGCUCCAUUCCUCUUCCUUCUUAACUGGUCUGGUAAAUCCCGAGAAGAACUCCGUAUUGUGGUUCUACCAUUUCUGCAGAACUUUGUGUUUUGUGUUCUGCCUCCCGUAGUGAUACUUUUCUUUGGGUAUUUUGAACUACGGGUCUUUUUGGUUCUCCUUUUAGCCCAUGUUUCAUCCUGAUCGGUUUCAGAGUCACUCUCUGGUAGAGAGUGAACUGGAGUAAACUCAUAGUGCCCUGGCCCUCCAAUUAUCGUCUUUCCUGCUAGGGCAGGGCUUCUAGACUGUCUUUGCCUGAUGUGGACUUGUACAGGAGCAGGAGACUGGGAAGAUACAGACCGGAAAUCCAUUGUAGAAGUAGGACUCUUGGAAGCUCGAGUAUAGGCUUUAGCUUUCCUUAGUGGUAGUGAUAUAGAACUCCUUGGUGUGAUGGAUCUGUCUCUUCUGUGGUACUUUGGGACUUGGGAUCUUUUCCUAGUUUGCAACCUAAAGCCAAAACUCACCUUAAUCUCUCCAUGGUUUUCGGGAGUACUUACAAGGUGGAGCUGUGGGUAGAUAAGAAGGUAAGACCCCAAAGUGCCCUGUAAUUGAUGACGGCAAUUAAGUCCUGCACAUAGGCCACACUGUAGGCAGAAAGGGUAUUUUAAAACCACACCUGAAGUUAGAGGUGGAGGUACAUUGGGGGGUAUCUGACUCCUUAACAGUUUUGCUGCUAUUUUUAGCCGCAGAUCUUGUAGCAACUGGAACUGUUCUGACAAGUCAGUCUUGGCCUGGGGAAGAUAACUUGGCUUGAGACAGUGUUGGGGCUCAAAAAUCCUUGUCUGUGAACUCUGUGAGGUCUUACUCUCUUCCAUUGGAACAGAAUCUUUCCUAGUAAAAAGUAUAUUGAAGGAAGACUCUAAAUUUACUGGGACAGGAGGCUGGCCCUCUGUACAUGAAACAGGCAUGUGCUGAAUGACUUCCUGGGAUAUAUCACUAAGCUUCGAACUUUUCUUUAUUUUCGCACUAGCCCCAGAGUGUUGCUGUAUUAUGGAGGACAUGGAGCUACGUGUCCACAUCCUUAAGGCUCUUCUUUGUUUGUGACCAUGAUAGGAAGUGUGUCUCUGAAUGUAGUUUUCGGGCACUGAAGUCUGAGAAAUACUACUUCGACUCUUCUCUAGUAGGCUCUUGGAAAGUUCCAUCAGUUCCGCAGGAACCCCAAAUAAAUUCUGAAUAGAUUGACAGAUAUCUGCAGUGGCUCUUUCCGGUAAAGAUGUUUGAGAACAAAGGUUCCUUUCCAUGGUGGUUCCCAAGACAUUCCCUAACACUAGCAUCUUGGAGAGGUAUUUUCUGGGUAAUCGCUGUCUCCAGGAGUGAUUCUCCCAGACAUUCUGUUGUCUGCUCAAGACAGACCCGUUCAGGCCUCUUUGAGUUCCUGAUCCUGACUGGAAGGUCCUAGAUGGUGAUCUCCAGCUUUGCAGUGGAUGUUGGGAUAGGCGCUGGAGUGAAUUCUCUAGCUUCUCCUCCUGCUUCUUAUCAGUCCUCUUAGAUACGACACCCACUCCUGGGAUCUCAAAAUGUGGCAUUUCUACAAUGUGACCUAUCUCAUCAGAGGGUUGAUUGUGAAGGGACAAGGGAAAGGUUGAAGUUCGUAUCAUAGUAGGGUCUAUAAAGAAUUCUUCAGACUGCAAAAUAUCUGUCCCAAAGUUAUUUAUAUCCAAGGCCCUUGACACUUCUGGCAUCUCCAGAUCACAAAGGCUUCCUAAUUCAGAUGCUUCGACAGAGCUUGAGAUGAGCGAGUUUGAAGAGUUCUGUAGAAAUCUAGAGAAAUAAUUCCCUAUUUGUAACUCCUCUCUUGACAUAAAAUCCUCAGAUUCCCUAUUCUGAUAUAUCUGUACUAGAUUCAAAUCCUCACAUUCCAUGAUUUGAGGAGGCCCUAUUUUUACCCCCAUUCCUUUCACAGCCUGAAGCCCUUGUUCAUGAGUGAACACUGUCGAUUCCUCCAAAGAAAAUGCUGGCUGUGAGAGUGAUUCUGACGAUUUCUCUUCGAUAUUUGGCCUCACAGUUAGUUCUACCAUUUCUUGAAGAUGUGGCCUUGGGAAGAAAUCCAAACAAUCCAUUACUUCCGUAGCUGAUCCUAAGGAGACUCCUAUUGGUUCUACAAUCUGAGGAAUUGGUGGUGGUGCUAAUUCCUCAGAUUUUACAAUUUGAAGUGGUGGCCGUGGGAUUAAAAGAGUCUUUACAAUUUGAAAGCCUGUCAACUUCAUUCUAUCCAAAAUCUGGUGUGUUGGCUCUGUGGUUAAUUCCUUUGAUUUUAUACUUUGCAACCAUAGCCCUGAGGUAAACUCAGAAGGUCUCACAUCUUGUACUUUUGGAGUCAGUUCAACAUAGUCUACCAUUUGAGAGGUUCCCCCGGGUGUUAAUGGUACAGACUUUACAGCAUGAAGUGGUGGCCCAGGAGACACUUUCACAUAUUCAACAACUUUUGGGGGGCUUCUUGAGGUUAUUCCUAUUGGUUGAGCAGCUUGAAGCUGUGUCUUUGUACAUCCUGUGACUUGAUGGAGCAGCUUUGGACUAAUCCUCAUAAGCUCUGUAAUUUGACCCUGUAGUCCUGGAGCUAUCUGUGAAUAUUUCAUACUUUGAUUCUGUGACUGUGUCAGCCCCAUUGGUCCAUCCCCUUGCUGCCGUGUGUCAGAUGUGAGCUCUACAGGUUUUGCAUGUCCAGUAGCUUGACGUGUCUGCCUUGGGGACAAAUCUAAAGAUUCCUCCCUUUGAAGCCACUGCUUAGAGGUUGAACCCACAGAUUCAGGAACUGGAUAUCUUAGCCUUGGUGUCAUCUCUGAAGAUUCUGGGACAUGAUGUAAUGACUCUGUAGUCAGUGCUUCUGAUCCUUCCCUUUGCAGUCUUUUCUCGGAGAUCGCCUCCGCAAAUUCUAGUGCUUGAGGAUAGGGCCGUGGAGCGCUCUCUGUAUAUCCAGUGGUUUUACUUAUUGGCUUUGGGGUCAUGCCAAGGAAUUCCUUCUCUGUUGGCCUUGCUUUGGGAGUCAACCCUAUAGUUUCUGUAGUGUGAUGCUUGGGCUCUAGUGUCAUCUCUUCAGAUCCUGUAACUUCCUGCACUGGCCUUGUAUAGGAUUCCCCCGAGUCCUUAACUUGAGGCCAUGACUGAGAGAGCAACUCGAGAGUUUCUGGGAUUUUCUUUAAGGUUAAUCCUAAGGUUUCAGAGCCUUGAUUCCUUAGCACAGGAGUCAGAUCAACAGAUUCUGGGGCUUGAAGAUCUAGCCUUAGAGGCACUCCUGAAGAUUCCGUGGUUUUACUUGUUGACUUUGGGGCCAACCCCACAGAUUUUUCUACAGUUUCAUUGCCUUGAUAGGCCAACCUUUCUGUGGUAUGAUAAAUUGGUACUGAAAUCACAUUUACAGAUUUGGAGACUUGAUGCUUUGGUGUUGGGAUCACCAAAUUCACAGAUUUAGGGACUUGAGGCUUUGGUGUUGGGAUCAUCUCUGCACCUUCUACAAAUUGAUGCCCCGGCCUAGGGAUUAUCUCCGAGGAAUCUGUGAUUUGAUAGCUCCUCCUUGGAGUUAGUACCUCAGAUUUUGUUCUUGGAAGCAGUGACCCCGGUAGUAAGUCUACAGAUUUCAUAUCUUGUUGCAGAGAUGCUGAAGACAAUGCCACAUGUUUUAUACUUUGCAACUUUGCUUCUGGAGUAAACUCCAAAGGUUUCUCACCUUGUCGCUGUGAUUCUGGAGACAAACUUGAAAAUUUAACACUACGCACCAUGGGUCCUGGCAUGAACUUCUUAGUUGGCUCUGGUGCCAACACUGUUGGUUUCAUACUUUGCCAUCCUGAAGUCAACUCUUGGCAAUUCAUACCUUGAUGUGGGGACCCUGGUGUCAACCCCACCGAUUUCACAUCUUGAAAACAUAGUUCCGGUGCAAAGACCUCAGAAUUAACACUUGGUGACCUUAGGCAUGAGGGAAACCCUGAAGAAUUAGCACUCGGAGGCUGUAGCUGUAGCUUUGACUUCAAAGAUGUCACAUCUUGAGAACAUGGCUCUGAUUCAAACACCAUAGAUUUCUGCCUGAGGCAAGAAAUCAAAUCCUUAGAAUUUACAUCUUGAGGUUGUGGCCCUGGAUUCAACGCCAGAGAUUUCACAUCUUGAAAACACACCUUUGGUGCAAACACCACAGAUCUCUCACUGUGCUGCCUGAGGUGUGAGGGCAACUCCCCAGAAUUCAUACCUUGAGCAUGUGGCCCUGGAUUUAACGCCACAGGUUUCACUUUUGUAAAACAUGGCUCUACUGCAAACAUCUCACAUUUCAAGUCCUGCAGCUCAGAGCCUGAAGCCAGUUUCACAGAAUUUCCACCACAAGACACUGGCUCUUUGUUGGUCUUCACAGACUUUACAUCUUCAAGCAGUGGCUUUGGUAAAAAUAACACAGAUUUCAUACCAUUCAGCGAAGAGCCUAAAGUGAACACUGAGUACACAACUUGUUGCUGGGACCCACAGUGAUUCUCCAAAAACUGGAUUUCUGGAAACUUUGUCCCUGGAAUUAACUCAGAAGAUUUUACACCUUGCAAAUGUGGUCCAGGGCUGAACAGAAUAGAUUUUGUACCUUGAUAUUGUGACGUAGGAUCCAAGUCAGAGGGUUUCAUGCCUUGCAUCUCUGGGUCUGGAUUAAACUUUAUAGCAUUUAUGCAUUGAAGUUCUGACCCCAAAUUCAAAUCAGAAGAAUUCACACCUUGCAGCUCUGGGCCACAGUUUAAUUCUUGUGAUGUUAUACCUUGAAACUUUGUCCCUGGACUCAAUUCGCGUUUCACAUUUUGUAAAUGUUGCACAGGGUCGAACAUAAGAGAUUUUAUACCUAGAACUUCUGACCCCAGAUUCAAAUCCAAAGAUCCCAUACCUUGACAUUUAACCCCUGAAGUCAACUCAAAAGACUGUAUACCUUGCAAAGGUGGCCCAAGUUCAUACCCCAUAGAAUUAGCACAUUGUACUUUCGGCUCUGGAUCCAACUUCAAAGAAUUUACACACUUCGUCUGUGGCCCGGGGUUGCAUUCCAUAGGUGCUACAGCAAGAAACUUUGACCCUGGAAACAAUUCGGAUUUCAAAUCUUGCAAAUGUGGAUCAGGGUUGAACACCAUAGUUGUCUCCCUAGGGGUCUCUGACCUCAACUCAGAAUACUUUGUACCUUGAAGUUUGGAAACUGAAGUUAAUUCAGAAGGGUUUAUACCUUGCAAGGGUGGCUCAGAUUUGCAUUUAACAGAAUUUACACACUGAAGUUUUGGUUUUGAAAUAAAUGCAGAAGAAUUCACAUCCUGCAAAGGUGGCCCAGGGCAGAACACCUGGGGUUUUAUACCUCGAGGCUCUGAUCCAGAAUUCAACUCAGAUUUUACACCAUUCAAUGGUGGUCCGGUACUGAAUGCCCUAACAUUUCUACACUGAAGCUGUGGGGCUAGAUUAAAUUCAGAGGAUUUCCUACCUUGUAAUUUAGGAUGAUGCUUCGUUUCCAGAACUGGCUCAUAUGGAAGCUUCCUGUCUGUGCACAACUCAGGUUUUAUCUCUUGUAACUGUGGCCCUGGAUUGAACUUGAAGGAUGGCAUACCUUGAAGCUUUGAUCCCUGGCAUAACUCAGAGGAUUUAACAUCUUGCCACUGUUGCUCAGGAUUGGAUUCCUCAGAUUUCACAUCUUGGAGCUUUGUCUCUUUGCACAAUUCUGAAGAUUUUAUAUGUUGCCAAUGUGGUCCAGGGUUGUACAGCACAAAUUUCACACUUUGAAGCUCUGGCCAUGGUUUCAACGUACAAGACUUCUCUUCUUGCCGCUGCUUCCCAGCAUUGAACUCGGAAGAUCUCACAUUGCCAAUCUUUGAUUCCAAGGCUAACUCAGAGGGUUUUGCGACCUGGAACUCUAGGUCCUGGUUGACCUCUGUGGUUUUCAUUUGAAGCUUUACAGACUCAGGAGAUUUUGCACCUUGCAACGUUGCCCCAGGGCUGAAUUUCAGAGAUUUCAUGCCUUGAAUGUGUGAUCCUGGUGUCAACAUAGGCAGUUUCCUAUUUUGUAACCGUGGGACUGACUCAAACCCCAAAGAUUUCACAUCUUGGGUCUUUGCACCUAGAGUCAAUUCAAGAGGUUUCAGGUCUUGCCACGUGGGUCUGAUAAGGAACUCCACAGAUUCUCCACUUUGAAGCUUUGUUUUUGGUGUUAACUCCGAAGAUGGCACACCUUGUAACUGCAGAACCGGUUUUAAGUCAACAGAUUUCAAAUCUUGGAGCCUGCCCUCUAGCAUCAAAUCGGAUUUCUCACCUGGUCUCUGUGGUCCGGGAUUGAACUCCACAGAUUUCACCCCUUGAAGCCUCCUCCCCUGAAUUAAAUCAGAUUUCCCACCUUGUAGCUUUGGACCGUGGUUGAACUCAGAGGGUUUCACUUGUUGAAGUUUUGACCCUGGGAUCACUUCAGAAGAUCUCACACCUCGCAAGUGCGAUCUAGAACCGAAUCCUGCCGAUUUUUUAUCCUGAAGUUUUAUACCCAUGAUCAAUUCAGAACAUUGCACGUCUUGUAACUGUGGGCCUGCUUUCAUACCUGAAAACUUCCUCUCCAGGGUUAGAUCAGAAGAUUUCUCCCCUUGUAACUUUGGAUUAGCUUUCAGUUCUGCAGAUUUCACACCUCCAAGCUUUUCCCUUGGGAUCACUUGUGAAGAUUUCCCAUCCUUCAAGUGUGGUCCACACUUGAAAUUCAUAGAUUUUACAUCUCGAAGCUUUAUAGCCAUGAUCAACACAGAAGAUGUCACAUCUUCCAACUGGGGACCCGACUUGAAGUCCAUGGACUUCACUUUUUGAAGCUUUGUCCCCUGUAUCAAUUCAGAAGAUUUCACACCUCUCAGCUGUGGCCCAGGUUUGACAUUCACAGAUUCCACAUCUUGAAACUUUGUUUUUGAGAUUAAUUUAGAACAUUUCUCUCCUUGAAACUGUGGGUCAGGGUUGAAUACCACCUGCACAUUUUGAAGCUUUGAUCCAAGAGGCAGGUCAGAAGAUUUCACAACUUGCACCUGGGGACUGGGACAGCUUUCUUUAUGUUUUACAUGUUGAAGCUUUGUCUUUGAGGUCCUUUUGGAAGAAUUCACAUGUUGUGACAAUGGCCCAAGGUUGAAAUCUGUACAUUUGGUACCUUGAAUCUUUGUUCCUGUGAUCAGUGUAGAAAAUGUUAUACCAUUCAACUGUGAACUUGGAUUUAACUCAGUAAAUGUCUUAUCUUGGGACUUUAUCUCAGGUGACAACUUAGAAGGUUUUAGAUCAUGCCACUGUGACCCAGAGUUGAAAUUCUCAGAUUUCAUAUCUUGAGGCUUUGUCUGAAGAGUCAAUUCAGAAGACUUUGUGCUUGUCAAGUGUAGUGGGGAGUUCAAUUCUCUACUUGUAUUGCUUUGUAAUUGUGACCCUUGGCUUAAUAGCCCAGAUUUCACACCAGGAAGCUGUGGACCUUCCAUAAGCACCAGAGACUUCACACCCUGAAGCUGUGCUCCUGGGGAUGACUGUAAGGGUUUCACUGCUUGAAGCUUUGGUUUUGCAGGCAGUUUAGUAGAUUUCCUAUCAUGCAUGCAAAGCCUAGAUUCCAGUGGUAUAAAUUUUAUAUCCCAGAGCUUUGACCUUGAAGUCAGCUCACAUGAUUUCACACUUCUAACCUGUCGACAAGGUUUCAAAUCACAGUCUUGAAGCUCAUGUUCCUGGAGUGAUGCCGAAGAUUGUGUAUCUUGGAGCUUUGGCCUUGGAGUUAAUGUAGAUGACUUUCUAUCUCUGAACUGUAUCAAAGGUUUCAACCCUAGAGACUUAACACCUUGAGACUGUAACCCUAUAGACUUCACACCUUGGAAAUCAGGUCCUGGUAUCCACUGGAUACACCUCACUCUUUCCAGCUGUGGCUCUUUUUUGAAUUCAGUAGUUUUGACAUCUUGAAGCUGUGGCUCUGAGGUUGAUGCCAAAACCUUCCCUUUUUGCAGCUGUGUUCCUGCGCGCACCCCAGAGGUUUUCAUGUUCUGCAACCGUGGCACAAGGUUGAACUCUGUAUAUAUCACACCUUGAGAUUUGGACCCGAGAGUCAAUUCAGAUGACUUCACAUCUCGUAACUGUGUCGAAGAUUUCAACCCUACAAAUUGAACACCUGGAGACUGUGACCUGAGAUUGAACUCUACAGAUUUCACAGCUUGGAACUUAGGUCCUGGGAUCCACUGAAUGCAUCUCGUACUUUCAAGCAGUGGCUCUUGUUUCAACUCAACGGUUUUUACACAAAGCUGUGGCUCUGAAGCUAACUCUGAGCCUUCAGUCUGGUGCAGUGGUGCCCCUGGGGUCAACUUAGGAGACUUUGUGCUUUGCAGCUGUGGUUCAAGUGGUUCAGGCUUGAAUUCUUUAGGUUUUAAACCUUGAAUAUUUGA